GCCGUCCUGCGAGGCCUCCUUGAGCCGGCCGGCGCAGGCGCAGUGUCCCCGGGCCAAGAUGGCGGCGCGGUGUUCCACACGCUGGUUUCUGGUAGCUGUGGGGAACCCGCGGCUGCUGGCUGCAGCGGGGAGAGGGGCCCGACCGCCGCGGGAGGGUGUGGUGGGGGCGUCUCUGGGUCGCAAGCUGAGCGUCCUCGCCUUCGCGCCUUUCUUGGGAGCUCGCGGCCCCCGGGCGCUGCUGACAUUGAGACCCGGUGUCAGCCUCACAGGAGUAAAAAGUUACCCUUUUGUUUGUACUGCCUACUUCCACACAAACACCCCUUUGGCCAAAGAAGAUUAUUACCAGAUACUAGGAGUGCCCCGCAAUGCCAGCCAGAAAGAGAUCAAGAAAGCUUAUUACCAGCUGGCGAAAAAGUACCACCCAGACACAAAUAAAGAUGAUCCCAAAGCCAAGGAGAAAUUCUCCCAGCUGGCAGAAGCCUAUGAGGUGUUGAGUGAUGAGGUGAAGCGGAAGCAAUAUGAUGCCUAUGGCUCUGCUGGCUUUGAUGCUGGGGCCAGCAGCUCUGGGCAGAGCUACUGGAGGGGAGGUCCCACCGUUGACCCUGAGGAGCUGUUCAGGAAGAUCUUCGGGGAAUUCUCAUCAUCUUCCUUUGGAGAUUUCCAGAGUGUAUUUGAUCAGCCUCAGGAAUACAUCAUGGAGUUAACCUUCAAUCAAGCUGCCAAGGGUGUCAACAAGGAGUUCACUGUGAACAUCAUGGACACCUGUGAGCGCUGCGACGGAAAAGGGAAUGAGCCCGGCACCAAGGUGCAGCAUUGUCACUACUGCGGCGGCUCUGGCAUGGAAACCAUCAAUACAGGCCCUUUUGUGAUGCGUUCCACCUGUCGGAGAUGUGGUGGCAGGGGCUCCAUCAUCACAACUCCCUGUGUGAUCUGCAGAGGAGCAGGACAAGCCAAGCAGAAAAAGCGAGUAGUGAUCCCUGUGCCUGCAGGAGUCGAGGAUGGCCAAACUGUGAGGAUGCCUGUGGGAAAACGAGAAAUUUUUGUCACAUUCAGGGUGCAGAAGAGCCCUGUGUUCCGGAGGGACGGCGCAGACAUCCACUCCGACCUCUUUAUUUCUAUAGCUCAAGCUAUUCUUGGGGGGACUGCCAGAGCCCAGGGCCUAUAUGAGACAAUCAAUGUGACGAUUCCCCCUGGGAUUCAGACAGACCAGAAGAUUCGCAUGACUGGGAAAGGAAUCCCCCGGAUUAAUAGCUAUGGCUAUGGUGACCACUACAUUCAUGUCAAGAUCCGAGUUCCAAAGAGGUUGACGAGCCGGCAGCAGAGCCUCAUCUUGAGCUAUGCUGAGGACGAGACAGAUGUGGAGGGGACAGUAAAUGGUGUCACCCACACAAGCACUGGUGGCAGGACCAUGGAUAGCUCCACAGGAAGCAAGGCUAGGAGUGAGGCUGGGGAGGACGAGGGAUUCCUUUCCAAACUUAAGAAAAUGUUUACCUCCUGAUAUCCCAGCCGAGGAAAACGGUCCACUGGAAACUAGGCCAGGAGCAGCAGCCUCUUCUGGUGGCCAAGGCACCUCAGAGAUGGGAGGAUUCCUGAACAGCAGCCCUGAGACCUGGCCUACAGAGCCCUCAGGACUGCCUGGCAACAGCAAAACCAUGUGACAGCACCUCUACAGGAAAGGCCAUGGUGGACAGCCCCUGGACAGUAAAAUGUAGCAUCCAGGGACUAGUGGAAGUUUCCUGUCCAUGGGUAGGUGACUUGCCUCUUCUGGCUCAAGCAGGAUAAGGCAGUUGGACUCUUCUUGCAGUACUAAAACUCAAAUCUGGAAUCAAAUGUGGAAAUCUUAGUUAAAAGAAUUAAAGGCCAUGCUCACAGCUUAAAAAUGAAGCCUUAAACUGUA